ACUGCUCAGCACUGCACAGGGAAGGCGAGUGAGCCGUUCGCGAUCGAUCAAUGGAAGUGGCCACGACCGGAAACGUGCACCGUGCAGCAGGGGGCGUCCGACAAUCCCAUUCCUUUGGUUCAGCCGGUGACACAUCGAAUGCGACCUCUUCUGCCUCACCCGCGGCUGCGAAUCGUACUGCUGCUGCCAAUGUCUCGACCACGGCGGUGGCGCCGGGUGCAUCGGCUCCCUCGAACAAGCCCAGACAGCGGCGACGGAAGAACAAUCAGGUCGAAGAUCCCGAGGACGCGUCCAAGAGACGAUGUGUGAGCACGGCUUGCACGGCAUGUCGGAAGCGAAAAUCGAAAUGUGACGGCAAUCUCCCCGCCUGCGCGGCAUGCUGUCAGGUUUACGGCACCGAAUGUAUCUACGAUCCGAAUUCCGACCAUAGACGGAAAGGCGUGUACAAAAAUGACCUGGACAACUUGAAGACGCGGAGCUCGACAUUGCAGACACUGAUCGAGGCGAUAUUGAACUACCCAGAAGAUGAGGUUGCAGGCCUGGUGCGGGACAUACGGACAUGUGAGAGCUUGGACGUGGUAGCCGAGAAGAUUGUUGCAAGAGAGAAUGGCAAAUUGGAAGAGGAAGAAGAGGAUGAAGAUGUAUCUCCCACGCUGGGAAACGGGAAAGAGCCGACAUCAAUGUUCGAAUCACAUCUCUACGGCAAGAUGGGAGACUUACGGCUAGACGAAGGCUCUGUACGGUACAUCGGAGGGACUUCCAAUCUGAUCCACCUGGGACAAGAAGAAACACUCAACGAUGGUACGGACGAGUAUCUGCAGCAAGAGAAUCCAGUCACGUCGUGGACGAAUGUGACCAACGAUCCUGAGCUGGUCUUACAUCUGGUCAAUAUGUACUUCACCUGGCACUACACUUUCUUCACUACGCUUUCGAAACAACUCUUCUUCCGCGAUUUCAUGCUUGGCCGGCCUCCACCUUACGCGAGAAGGAAGACGCAUUACUGUACAUCGUUGCUGGUCAAUGCUAUCCUGGCGCUGGGGUGCCAUUUCACAUCGCAUGCCGGUGCAAGAGAUAACCCAGAGGACUCGGCGACUGCGGGCGACCACUUCUUUCGUGAGGCAAAGCGCUUGAUUAUGGAGAAUGACGAGCAUGAGAAGCCUCAUCUGACUACUGUUCAAGCACUAGCUCUCAUGUCCGUUCGGGAAGCUGGCUGUGGGAGGGAAGGUCGCGGUUGGGUGUACAGUGGCAUGUCGUUCCGAAUGGCCUGCGACAUGGGUCUCAACCUGGAUUCCAGCCAACUUACAGGCAACCGAUAUGUCAGCGGAGACGAGAACGAAGAAGAUGUUCGAAGAGUGACAUUCUGGGGCUGCUUCCUAUUCGACAAGUGCUGGUCUAACUAUCUCGGACGUCUACCACAGUUACCUGCUUCCAUCGUGACGGUUUCGAAAUACGAAGUCUUUCCGGAUGAGGACUCCGCACCGUGGAGUCCGUACACUGAUUCUGGAUUUACGCAAGCUCACGCGCAGCCUUCACGGACCAGAGCUGUUGCGUUGCAGCUCACGAAGUUGUGCGAGAUCAGUAAUGAUUUGAUGAAAUAUUUCUACAAUCCUACGGACAUGGAUAAGACGAAGGGCAAAGCGGCCGAACUCAAGAAGUUGUCAGAUAUCCAUACGCGGUUGGAGGCAUGGCGAAGAGAUUUGCCCAAGGAGAUGGAGCCGAAAGAAGGUGGACUUUCAAGCAUGCUGGUCAUGCACAUGUUCUUUCAACUGCUCUUCAUCCACUUGUUUCGACCUUUCCUCAAGUACACGCAUGCCACGUCACCACUUCCAGCCAACGUCAGCCCUCGAAAGCUCUGCACACAAGCAGCUGCCAUGAUCUCAAAACUCAUGCGGCUGUAUAAGCGAUCUCAUGGCUUGCGUCAGAUCUGCAACAUUGCUGUCUACAUUGCGCACUCGGCUUGCACGAUACAUUUGCUCAAUCUACCCGACAAGAAUGCUAAGCGCGAUAUUGUACAUGGCGUCAAGCAUCUCGAAGAGAUUGGUGAAGGCUGGCUGUGUGCUCGAAGGUCGCUCGCGAUCAUUGGUGUACUGGCAAGGAAGUGGAACGUCGAGCUGCCAGAAGAAGCCACGAGCGUUUUGACAAGAACAGACGCCAAGUUCGGUACUGUCAUUGGUGAAGUGCACUCGCCUUCAAGUCAGACAAGCAGCUCAAGGCGCCGCCUUUCAGAUGUAUCAAUGGCACCGCCAAUGCUACCGCAAGACAUUCAAGCCCAGGGAUGGCAGCAACAAGGACCGACCACCAACGACGCCAGAGUGACACGACCACCGGCUGCUAUAGGCGUAUCUGCUGGCGCACAACAAAACAACAACAACAUCAGUUAUCAGCUUCCGCCUCAGGAUGCCUACAGCAUGCAGCCACAGCAACAUCCUUCAAGUACAAAUACGCCACAAGCCCCACGCGCCAGAAAUUGGGCAUCGGCAGUAAACACCGGCCGUAGCCCUAGCGACAUGUUUGGCGGCGUUGAGCAGCUCAUCCGAGACAGUCAAGACUGGGCAUAUCGAGAUCAAGCUCAAAUGGCCGCCGGCUUUGGCAACUGGAACCAACUCGACAUCGACCCCACAGCAUGGACACAGCAGACUCCAGUCACAACUCGGGCUGCAAAUGCUCCAAUGCACGUCCCGGUUGACAUGCACAACGGCAUUGUAGGCGGUCCCGUGCAGCAGCAACAGCAGCAGCAGCAGCAGCAUAUCAUUCCCGGCACUGCUCCGCCGCCUGCUACGUCUUUACCUCUUACCACGACUACAGCCAGCUACCCACCUCACUCGACUUCGCCUCAAUCCGUAGCCGCUGAUCCGGGCAUGGCGAACUGGUUGAGCUCAAUGAAUGCAUACAAUAGCAUGGCGACGGCUUAUGACGAGAAUGAAUGGUAUCAGUGAGUUGCGAUAUACGAAAGACAACUACGGGAGGUUUCGGUGCUGUUCGUGUCUAGCAUGUAGAGCGUGUUGGCCAGCAAGCGGAGUUUGACUUCUUCGCUGCGUGUACAUGGAUACCCGGCUUGAGUGGUAAUGUUUAUGAAGUUAUGAUUGAUAUAUCGGUAUACUCAAAAUCAAGGAUCGACAGACGAUGCAAUUGUCAUUCCUCAUCAAUUAAGCC